AUGCGCAAUAUAAAGAGGGUUUGGUCAGAGCAUGUGGACGAUCCUCGUUUUAAUUUACCGAUUUUCCCCCAGUUCAAUUCAAGUUGACGCUCUGCAAAACAAUUCAUGAUAGGGCAUCUUCAGGGUGUUCACAGUUAUAACGAUAGGACAAAUGACGUACAGUGUGCAAAACACGACAGUGAUGACGUUAAUUCAAUGGGGAAGCGAAACUCUUGAAUGAAGAGAAUGAACUUAGAAGGAACGAGUAUAGUAAAGAUUAGAGAAAAAUCACACGGAUAACAAAUAACUUAUCGUGAAGUGUUGUUUUUGAAACUUAGAAUAUCUCGAGAAUGCCUUGUAAAAUUCAGUUUGUAUACUGCAGUAAACUUUUGAAUAUGCAGGUGAAAAUGUUCUUAGCUAAUGAAACAUUUCAAGGCAAUACAAAUGUGAAGUUAUACUAAUUAGAAAGUUUGACAAUUUUUUAUUAUUAUUAUUUUUGAUUAUUUUUCUGUUGUUAUCAUCAUCGUUAUCACAAUCAUAAUGUUUCGAUACUUUUUGAGUUGUUCUAAGCAUUAUUGCUAUUAUCAAUACAAUUUUUACUGUCUGGGUCGUCUCAUUUUCAUUGUCACUAUUUAGGUAAAUCAAAUUUUUUGAAUUGUUAAUGAUUGUUCCACUGGAAUAACCAAUUAAAUCAGGAAAUUGAUAAGAGGGAAAAGAUUUCCUUUUUAUUUGACAUCAUGUUCAGUAAAUGAAAAAGUUAAAAUAAAUCAAUCUUUUCUUUAAGAUGAACAUGUAAAAGGUGAGACAUAUUAACUUGACAUUUAUCGUGUAAAACCUUUGGGUGUUAAAAUUCAGUACAAAUGUUUCCAUCUUCUCUUGAUAGGUGCUGUAAAUCCAUGAAUAAAUUUUAAAAAACUGAGGGGAAAAGAAUGGUUAAAAAAAAGUAUCCAUUCGACACUUUGCAUUUGGCAAACUAAAUCUGGGAUAACUGAUAACUUCCUUGAAAAAUAGUCAAAGAGAAACAAUAUUAGUCCAAUUAUGCCCGUAAAAUGUUGGAAGGUCGCCUACUGGAAUGCAAAAAAGUUGCCGAAAAGUUGCAAAAUUGCCAAAAUUCAAAAAGUUGCUGCGAAAAUUUCUUGAUAUUUUUACAUAAACCUAAAUGAAAGACUUUAUUUUUCGUUAUCUCAAUAAAUGCAAUAAUUGCAGUAGAUAACCUUUGGAACAAAGGUCCUGUUUUAAAAGUGGUUAAAUGCCCGGCAGCUAAGCACGAUCUCAAAGUACACUAAACGCCCGGCAGUCGGAAACACCCACCAAGGGCUACGCGGAAACUUCCAGAUCGGCUAAAAAAUUUAAAUCGUUUUUGGUAACCAAUACUGCAUUUUCCCUCUUUGCCGAAAGUUUUCCAUGUUAACUUUAUAAUUCUCUGCGCUAAUUGCGUGAAGCGACUAAGUUGUUCCUUGAAAUUCUAUUAAAUCAGCUAAGGUAGUUUGAACUGGUUUCAAGAUUCUCGUAUUGAUUAUAUUUUAUUCAUCUUUAAAACUAAGUUAAAUAGCUUGUCCUUGACACCCACGUAAGUAUUUUGAAAAUAUUUAUAUCGCAGUUAUUGAAAGUUCAAGUCAUUUCUCACUAUUUCGACCUACUCCAAACUUUCAAAUUGGCGUUGGUCGCCGACUCAAAAGGUUUUGAUCCCUUCGACUCUGCACAAUUCUUCUCCUUGAUUUAGCUAAUUUCACAUUUAACUUCGAUUACAUUUCUGUCAUUCAAACUGAGUUAGAAAAUCAGGAAAAUCAAUUUAAGUGAAGUGAAAUUGAGUUAACUUCCUUAUUGACCCUGGAAACACAAGUCGCUCUGAGAGUUAUUUUUAAACUGAACGUGUUUACAUCUCAAUUGGUUUAAUUUAGUAGGACAUUUGUUUAUUCUCAUAAAAUCUUACCAAUGAAAGGGCCUGAAACGCUUCCUUGCCGGAAAAAGCGAUCAAUUUUACAAAGUUCAUCACGAAAAAUGAUCGAGACCCAAACCUUAAAACAAUUCCAAUAAGUUCCUAUGUAAAUGUUUUCAUUCCUAUUUGUACUAAAUAAAAUCCUCGCCAAUUAUGCUCGGUGCAUUCAAUGAUAAAAUAUUCAUAUACACAAUUCUGUCGUUAAAUUGAUCGUGUUUCGCGAAAGCAUAGGUAAUAUAGAAACUGGCUUUCUUAAACACCCGCUUUUUGAAAUGAAAACCGUUACAGAUGUAAUACCUCUUUGAACUUAUGUAGAGGGAGCACGUGUAUUGAAAAGAGAGUAAUACUCUCUUGUCACGAAGGCUUGAUGAUCACGUGCACCAGAACAUACGAUAUUUGUCUACAGCGUGGUUAUAAACCAUAACAAUGAAGCCUCAGACAGAGAAUUAUUCAUCUAUUCGCGAAUAUUUUCGAAAUAAAAGCAUUUAAAUGAUUUUUAAUGGUGGUUAGGUUGAUUUAAAUCACGUUCAUCCCGUAUAGAACCUUCCUUACUCGAAAGUGAAACUCUGCGUUGUCAAAAUUUAGAGAAAACCAUCUGUUUGAACUUCACAUUGGGUAACCUUCAUUCACACGCGGUUGUCACCGCGACAAGCGUCAACCUCGUUUCUGGUUGGUCGACUUCAGUUGUCAUAGAAUUUAAUGCUAACCAUUUCACCUCAGCCACCGCAUCUUUCACUAGACAUAACAUCAAAACAAUCUUUGCGGUUUCCUGUUUACUAUUUUACAGUUUACGUUUAUGUUUCGAUAGUAAGAGGCGAAGAAGUGAAGCUGUAAAAUCCUUACACCGGGGCCUAAGAAGUUACCUCCAUAAUGCCCCAAAGUUACGUAACUCUGAAGAAGGCUCCCCGACCAACGCACGAUCCGCCGUUUACGUUGAAGGAUUUGAAAGCCGCCAUCCCGCCACAUUGCUUCGAGAGAUCCACAUUGAAGUCUUACGCUUAUGUUGUUUGGGAUUUAGCGAUGGCGUGGUUGUUAUAUCUAAGCACGGGCUACUUCAACCAUCCUUAUCUACCGCCUUGGGCGUCCUAUAUUCUCUGGCCUCUCUACUGGAUUUGCCAAGGCUGUGUUUGCACCGGCAUCUGGGUUUUGGCGCACGAGUGUGGCCAUUAUUCGUUUUCCGACAGCAAGACUGUUUGUGACUACACUGGGCUUGUGUUACAUUCUGCGCUGCUUGUGCCGUAUCAUUCAUGGCGAAUAAGUCACGCAAAACAUCAUCGAAGUACAAAUGAUAUGGACCGUGACGAAGUUUUUGUUCCCAGUACAAAAGAAGAGUUUACUAAAGAUGGACUGGCAGCUCUGUCUCCCACCUGGAACGUUUUGUCCCUGUUGAAAAUGUCCCUGUUUGGCUGGCCUGGUUAUCUAAUGUUCCACGUCGCCGGACGUAAAUACCACACUCAUACAGAUCACUUCAACCCAAAAAGCCCGAUUUUUAGCGAGAAAGACUAUAAAGACAUCGUUAUCAGUGACAUUGCAUUGGUGGUGUGGAUCGGUUUCCUUGGCUACCUGGCUUAUGUGAACUCUACUUUUUGGCUGUUGAAGGUAUAUAUCAUCCCUUAUCUCAUUGUGAAUUUCUGGUUGGUCUUCAUCACGGACUUACAACACUCGGAUGCCGCUGUGCCUCACUAUAGAGGCCAACAGUGGAACUGGCUUAAAGGGGCACUGUGCACCGUGGAUCGGGAUUACGGAAUUUUGAAUCAUGUUUUCCACCACAUUGGAGACACACACAUUGCCCAUCAUCUUUUUUCACUCAUACCUCACUACCACGCAGUUGAAGCCACGGAGCAUCUGAAGAAAGCUCUGGGAGAGUUCUAUUACAAAGACGAGACACCAAUUUUCAAGGCUAUGUGGUUGACUGGCAGAUACUGCCGUUAUGUUGAAAACUCUGGUGAUAUUUUAUGGUUUAAGCAUGAUUAAUUUCUGUCAUAAUAUUUGCGUCAAGAAUGAACCAGUUUGUGUAAAUCACAGAAAAUAGUGGAUCACUAGACAUUAAACUAAACAGCAAAUUUGUAACAUCUAGAUAAGUAUAAUUCACUUUGAUAUGUUUUAUUUUUUUGUUUUCUUAUAUUUUUUUUAUAACCUUGUAUGGUUGCAGCUGAGAAAAGGAACCCUAAAAUUUGAAAACAUA